AUGUUGAAGCAGCUUUUGAGGACGGCCAUUCCGCUAACGCGCACCGGCGCGAGAGCAGGAAUACCUCAUUUCCCAAGAUCUGCGAUGAGCACAAUACCACUUACAUUUCGAAACAUGACAGGACUAUCAUGUAAAAAAGGCAUUCAAAGUAGGUUCCCACUUCGCAGAGAGUUCUCUUCGAGCAACUUGCUCAAUCAGGUUGCAACGACGGUGAAGAAACAACCCAGUAAGAGGCUGAUCAACUCGUCAAAACAAGUGGGCUAUUGGCUAAUCGGAACAUCAGGACUCGUUUUUGGGAUUGUCGUGCUGGGUGGGCUUACAAGGCUAACAGAAUCAGGAUUGAGCAUCACCGAAUGGAGACCGGUAGCAGGAACGCUGCCUCCUAUGAAUGAGCAAGAAUGGCUAGAAGAGUUUGCCAAAUACAGAGAAUCUCCGGAGUUUCAACAGCUCAAUUCUCAUAUUAACCUGGAUGAAUUCAAGUUCAUCUAUUUCAUGGAAUGGAUCCACAGAUUGUGGGGUCGUGCCAUAGGGGCCGUAUUCGUUCUACCCGCAGUUUACUUUGCCGUUGCCAGAAAGACAUCACCAAGAGUUAAUGGACGCUUGUUUGCCCUGGCUUCGCUCUUGGGCUUGCAAGGAUUCAUUGGAUGGUGGAUGGUUAAAUCGGGUCUAGAUGCUGAAGAGUUGAAGGAGCGUAAAUCUAAGCCCACAGUUUCUCAAUACAGACUUACCACCCAUCUCACCACUGCAUUCUUGCUAUAUUUGGGUAUGUUGUGGACUGGAAUGGAGAUCUUGAAGGAAGCUAAAUGGGUCAAGGAUCCUAAAAAGGCGCUCGAACAAAUUGCCAAGUUGGACAACCCUGCCUUAAAUCCUUUGAGAAAAACUUCACUGGGCCUACUAGCUUUGGUUUUCGUCACUGCUAUGAGCGGUGGUAUGGUUGCCGGGUUGGAUGCAGGUCUUAUCUACAACACUUUCCCUCACAUGGGCGAUGACUGGAUCCCAAGCAAAAGAGAGUUGUUUGAUAAAACUUUUGCAAGGAAAGAAGAUUCAGGCGAUUUAUUCUGGAGAAACAUGCUAGAAAACCCUGCUACUGUUCAGCUCAAUCACAGAAUCCUGGCAACAACGGCAUUUUUCGGCGUAUUUGCAAUGCAUAUGUGGGUCAAUAAGAGGAAAAACAUCAUACCACAGAAUGCUGUGAGAUCCAUGCAUGCCAUGAUGGGCGUGGCCACGUUGCAAGUGACUCUCGGGAUUUUUACCUUGUUAUACCUGGUGCCCAUAUCUCUAGGAUCUCUGCAUCAAGCUGGAGCGAUGGCGUUGUUGACCAAUGCUCUGAUCUUCGCUGCGCAGCUGCGUAAAGCCAGAGUGCCCAUGAGGUUUUUGAUAGGAGGCCUUUCUAUCAAAGCACCACCCAAGGCCGCUAGUAAAAUCAUAACAGAGGCGGCCAAAGCGGCCAAAUAG